UCCCACAUUUUCUCUCUGUUUUCUCAUCGUUUCAGUCGUUUUCUCAGCUAUUUCUUUCACAGACGCGUCUCUACUUCUUCCAGUUCCGUUUCUCUAACCAAAUAUACAUCCAUACCAAUUUCCCAUAUUCGCUUCGCCGCGCUUCGCCGACCAAAUUUCCGUGCCCAGGGAAGAAAAGUUUUUCCGCCGAUUUUGACGUUUUAUUUGAUAGCAUUUUUGGUUGACCAACUCCGCCUGUAUGUCGGCGCGUCUUUUUCUUGCUUGAUUCAUAAUCAAGACCGGGAAGUGAUUUGGAGCUCUCUUGGUAGAUUCAUGAUCGUUGCAAAUGAAGUGGGUUCGAUGAGAAUUCUUGCAUGCGAUAAAGGAUUUGAAUUAUGGGUACGCAUCGAAAGCCAGAAUCGUUGUCAUGAUGAAGAGAAUUGAGUGAAAAAGGAAGGAGGGAGGUUUCAAGACUCACAAUUGCUCCAAAUUUUGAAUCUGAUUUUUCUUGUUGCCGUGGCAGUACGACAAAGGAAGAAAUGAUUUCUACUUUCAUUUUCUAAAAGACACUUGAGUUUUAGUGAGUGUUUAUUCAAACUAGUGAAAGACUGUCAACAGAAAUGGAAUCUAGAGAGCAAAUGCCAAGCGUUAUUGCAAGAUUGAUGGGUCUUGAUGAACUCCCGCCUCAGCAGCCUGUCCAAAAACAACAAAGAGUGCUUUCUGAUUACUAUUUACAGAGAGUUGCAUCUAUAGGUGUCCGGGAGAAGCGUUCAUCCAAUGAGCGUGCUUCAUUUAGGAUGAGCAUUGAAGAGCAGAAGGAAUUAAGUUACAUAUUUAGAGUAUUGGAUAAAUUAAAUGGAUAUAAGCACCAUAACCUUUCAGUUGAAGAUGGGAAACUAAGCUCAAGUUCAUCAGAAGAAAAAGUGGCAUUCAUAAGGCAUAAUUUUUUAGAUUCAAAAUGCAUUUCAGGGGAUAGGAAGCACCAAAACCAGAAGGAACUUCAAGAUGCAAUGGACAUUACAGAUUCUAAGAAGGAUCUUUUUCCAAAAUAUUUCCAAGAACCAGAUUCUUUGUUUACCAAGCACUCACAAUAUUGGAAAGGUGUCCCUCCUGACCCACAGUCUGGGCAUGGUACAGUCUCGAAGUCAUCAUGUACUUCUUACAGUAGAAAUACUGACAAACGUAGGAAUUUAGGGAGGACAACUGUACAUGGAAAUGUUAAAUUACUGCAGAAACCUGAGAAUGGCCUUGUUGGAAAUUCCUAUAGAGAAUUUGGUCUUGAUAAUAUAUGCGAGUUUUCAAGAUCUCGAUUGGAGUCGAACAGUGAGCAUCCCCGCAAAAAAAUUGUUAUUUUGGAACCAAACCAUGACAAGGCUGAGAAUGAUGCACGUUGUUUCUCUUCAUCUAGUUCUUAUAAAGGCUCUUUUUUGAGUGAUAGGAAGUUAAAAGAUGUUCCUGCUCCUGAAAAUAGGAAAUUACACAUUGAAGUGAAAGAGAGGAAGAAUUUGGCCUAUGACAUUGAACCUACUAGGCAAUGGCCUGGAGUGUCCAGUGAAAUUUCAAGAGAAGUUACCAAUCGAACAAGGCAUGGCACAAUCAGGAUUCCAAAAAAGUUAUCGAGGUCAGGGUUGAGGGUUGAUGGCACCUUUGUUAAACAGUCUCAGAUGAUGGUGCCUUCAAACUUUUAUUAUUUAAAGAAUCAAUGCAAGUUCUUUUCUUUUUCACAUGGGUCAUAUGUCACCAGGGAAGCCAAAAAACAAAUCUCUGAACAAGGGAAGAUGAACUACAAGUUUCAAAAAGAUGGAUUCGCUGGUCAAGCCAGUACUCUGGGUGAAUUGCUUGCUAUGCCUGAUGAUGAAAAUGGGACAAAAAAUGUCAAUUACAAACCUAAUAAGUAUGGCCUGAGCAAUCAAACUGGUCCAAAUGAUGGACAUGUGAACUCGGGCAAUCAUUUAGGCAUCAGCAAGGAUGAUUUGAAGAACGGCUCUGUCAGAAACUUACCAAGGUCCAGUUCUCUUCCUGCAUUCUCCUCUGCCACUGGGAGUACUAGAAUCGGGACCAGAUAUGAAGGUCUUCAAAGUGACCUGUAUUUGAGUCUGGAAGAGUCUGUUAAUCGUGGACAGCACAGGUCAAGAAACCAAAAUUUGAACCAGAAAUAUGGUUUAGAAUAUAGAAACUUAUUCAGCUAUAAGAAAUCAUAUUCUUUUUCCUGCUUGGAUUUGGAAAGUAAUCAUACUGUAGAAGAGAUGUGUGUGGUUCUAGAUGAGGUGAAGAACAAAUUUGAGAAGGGUCUGUCUAAUCAGGAUUUUGUGGGUCCUCAGUCAUCGAGUUCUAGUUCUUCUUUCUCUGGUCAAGAAACUAAUCACAUUGUACAAGAUACAAGGGUGGUGGAAGCUAAGCUGAAGAACAAGCUUGAGAACAUGUCUGAACAGAACGCCCUUCUUCCUAAGCCAUCAGUUUUUUGUGUUGCCUCGGUGAGCAUGGCAACUGAUGUGACUGAUGCAGAGAGUAACGUUGUGGGCAGGCCUUCUGGAAAUGCCAAGGAAGAGCAGUUUGAACCAGCUCCCUGCAUCAUAGAGACAAAUUCUGAUUCUAGUCAUGCCUCGGAUACUUUGAUUCAGCAGGAAACAUCAGUUGGAUUCUGUGAAGAAGGUUCUGUUUUCUCACAGUGCUCUCACACAGGGCAAGAAUCCAUAUCAAGCUUGGAAGAGGCUUAUCAUCCUAGUCCAGUUUCAGUUCUGGAACCACAUUUCAAAGAAGAUUCUGAGUUCUUAGAGAGUGUCAGCAGUGACAUCUGUGAUUUCUCAGAAACACACUCAGAAGGACAUGAAAUUAUUGUGUCAAGCGAUGAAGAUUCCGGGGAAGGAUCUGUAGACGACCCUGAAGAAAACAAAGAUUUAAUGAGAUUGUUUAGAGUUGAAGAGGGUAGGGAUUUCUCCUACCUUAUUGAUGUCAUAACUGAAGCAGGUUUUCAUGGCCGGAUCCUCGAAAUGAACUUCGGUACCUGGCACUCUCCAGAAUGCCCAAUAAGCCUUUCAAUUUUCGAGACCCUGGAAAAAAAGUGUGGUGAGCAUGCUUCCUGGAAGAGAUCGGAAAGGCGGCUUCUCUUUGACAGAAUAAAUUCAGGGCUGAUAGAGAUGCUCCAGCCAUACAUGGGUAUUCCCAAAUGGGCAAAGCCUGCAUCAAAAAUAUUUAACCCCAGGCUGAGUCAGGAUAUGAUUGAGGAAGAGUUGUGGAGGUUGCUGGUCAGCCAAGAACAGGAAAUGAGCAAGGACCCAACAAUGAAAGUGCUGGAAAAGGAGUUGGGAUCUUUAGAUUUAGGAGAAGAUAUCGAUUUUAUAGGUAGAGAAAUAGAAAGAUUAUUGAUUGAUGAGCUUGCAGCAGAGGUUGUUAGCAUGGACACUUUUUGAACACUAGUGUUGUGUUUUUGGCGGAUAUCUAUAUUGUAUGAGAAAUUGAGAACCAUUCUUGAAAACAUAUUUCUGUAUAUAACAAUCGUUUUGG